UGGCUCUCUCUCUCUCAAUCAAGCACACACAUUCACACAUGUUCAACCCCACAAACUCUUACGGAAUAGUGACUGUGCUUUUCCUGCUUAAAGUGUAGUGGGGUUGUGCUUUUUGGUUCCAUCUGCUGUUAGAUUUUUCUGAACAACAAUGAAAACAGUUGCAUCACAACUCUCAUGUCUGCAAGCCAUAGAGCUUUAGUUCUGAAAAAUAGAUAAAAGGUGGAAACACGAGUGUCUUCCACCAAGAUCAUUCAUUCUUGCGCCAUUUCAUAGCUGUCUUAAUGCUUCGGUUGACAUUAUUGAGGCUAUGCUUUAAUUGCAGAGUUUAUCAUGCUUGUCCUUGGAUGUGACAAGCAAGUUCUGCUUCCACCAAAUUCUCUUCAAUUUUGCUCUCCAUCAUGGGUUGUUGGUGAAAGCUGAAAAUCUUCAGAGUUGAUCUAGUUUUCCUAGAGGAGAAAAUGGGGCUAAAGCUGAUUUUUCUGCUGUUUAAGCUGCAUUUAGUUGUCAGCACUCAGCAGUUGCAUGAACAUGCAGCCACCAAGCUACUACAUUCCAGUGACAGAAGCCAUUUUAAAAUUGCAAUCCCACCAUCAAAGUCAUCUUCUGAAGUUCAUUCAAGUAUUGCACAACCACCAUCUGAGUCAUCUUCUGGUGUACCUGCAAGUAUUGCAUUUUCACCUUCCAAAUCAAUUCACAAAGCUCCUACAGUUAUAUGGACACAUGGUUCUGUGGAUUCUCCUGUAUCACAUCAUAAGCAUCACCAUUCCAAAAGAAAGUUCCGCAAUCCAACUCCAGCACCAACCUACCCAGUUCAGGCUCCUACAUACAGUCAUCAAGGUCCUUCAAACUUAUCACAGCCUCCUUUCUCUUCAUCAAAUAUAAAGGAUAUUCGUGCCCCUGCACCUGCACCAUCACCAACAGAUCUGCCCGACCACGUGGAUGUACCCUCUUCUUCACCUAGAAUUUCUCCUCUAGGUUCAUCAUUGAAGAAGGAAAAGGCUCCACCUCCAGCAUAUGCAUUGGUUCUGCCACCUCCACCUCCUAAUAAAGAUUGCUUGUCGCUGACUUGCUCAGAGCCCUUAACAUAUACACCUCCUGGAUCACCUUGUGGUUGUGUAUGGCCACUUCAAGUUAAACUCCAUAUCAACAUUGCAAUAUACAAGUUUUUUCCUUUGGUUUCACAGCUAGCCAAGGAAAUUGCAGCAAGUGUUCUGCUGAAACAUACCCAGGUUCGCAUUGUGGGAGCUGAUGCAGCUAGUCAGCAACUAGAGAAAACCACUGUUCUGAUAGACUUAGUACCCAAAGGAGUAAAAUUUGAUGAUACCACCGCAUUUUUAAUAUAUAAGAAAUUCUGGCACAGGGAGAUUCUGAUAGAUGCUUCAGUCUUUGGUGCUUAUGAAGUACUCUAUGUUCAUUACCCAGGUCUUCCACCAUCUCCACCUUCAACACCCUCAGAUGCCUCUAGUAUAGAUGAUGGGCCAAAUCCUGGACAUGACAACAAUGGAAUGAUGUUGAAACCUUUAGGAGUAGAUGUCUCAAAGAAGAAAAAAGAAGGGAGCAAUGGAAGAAUAAUUCUUAUAAUUGUGUUGUCAUCCAUUACUGCUUUAGUUUUAUUCAUUGGUCUUGCUUGGCUUUGUCUGCUGAAAUGUCGUGCCUAUGUUCAUGAACAUGAAUCAGCUCCGGAUGGUUUAAUUUCCUCCUCUUCAAAACAAUCAACAGGGCCUGCUGGGUCAUUGGCUCAUGGGACCAGGCCAAGUUCUGGAUCACGGUCCUUCAACUUUGGAACAAUAACAUAUACAGGGUCUGCUAAGAUUUUUACUUUGAAUGACUUAGAGAAGGCAACAAAUAACUUUGAUUCUUCAAGAAUAUUAGGAGAAGGUGGCUUUGGAGUUGUUUACAAAGGCAUUCUAAAUGAUGGGAGGGAUGUAGCUGUGAAGAUCCUCAAAAGAGAUGAUCAUCGCGGUGGCCGUGAAUUCUUGGCAGAAGUUGAGAUGCUUAGCCGCCUACACCAUAGAAAUUUAGUUAAAUUGAUAGGUAUAUGCAUUGAGAAACAGACUCGCUGCUUAGUUUAUGAGCUUGUCCCUAAUGGAAGUGUGGAAUCCCACUUACAUGGAGCUGACAAGGAAACUGAUCCACUGGAUUGGAAUUCCCGGAUGAAGAUUGCUCUUGGUGCAGCUCGGGGAUUGGCCUAUUUGCAUGAAGAUUCAAAUCCAUGUGUCAUACAUCGAGACUUCAAGGCCAGCAACAUCUUGUUGGAGUGUGAUUUUACACCCAAAGUCUCAGAUUUUGGAUUGGCUAGAACAGCACUGGAUGAGAAAAACAAGCACAUCUCCACACAUGUUAUGGGAACAUUUGGCUACUUAGCUCCUGAAUAUGCAAUGACUGGCCAUCUUCUGGUCAAGAGUGAUGUUUACAGUUAUGGAGUUGUACUCCUUGAGCUCCUAACCGGAAGAAAGCCUGUGGAUUUGUCACAACCACCAGGUCAAGAAAAUCUUGUUACUUGGGCUCGUCCACUUCUCACAAGUAAGGAGGGUUUGCAGAUGAUAAUAGACCCAUUUGUAAAGCCUAACAUUUCUGUUGAUACUGUGGUAAAAGUUGCUGCAAUUGCAUCCAUGUGUGUGCAACCAGAAGUCUCUCAACGUCCUUUCAUGGGAGAAGUUGUUCAGGCCUUGAAGCUAGUAUGCAGUGAGUUUGAAGAAACAGACUAUAUAAGAUCAAAGAGUUUUCAAGAAGAGGGUCUUCUAACUGAUGUGGAAGGAAGGUUUUCUGAAGCUUCAGGUGAAAGAGUGGAAUUUUCGGAGUAUCAAAAAACUCUCUCUGGCUAUCAAUCUGGUGAAGAAAAGGUAACAUUAUCUGCAUCAGAGUUGCUUGGUACUUCAGGUCAGGAAUUUGAGUCAUUCAGGAGGUAUUCUCGUUCGGGACCUCUAACUAUUGGGAAGAAAAGACAGUUCUGGCAGAAGUUGAGAAGUUUGUCUCGAGGUAGCUCCAGUGAACAUGGAUUUUCAACUAAACUAUGGCCUGGAUCCCAUUAAGCUUUCAAUAUUUUUGUGUUUUGCAUACCGAAAUCAUCGUUCCACGAAUCACAUGUUAGAUUCGCUUGAAAGAAAAUGUUGUGAUAAUAAUGUAAAAAGACAAUCUACAACUACUUAUCAAUGUAUAAACUACGUAAUCAUGUUUUUUUUUCUAGGUAA